AUGAAUGUUCUCAAGCCGUCUCACUUCUUUCGUGUUCUCCAGGGCCCUAACACGUCGAGUCGAAUCACCGGGAAAUACACGAACAUUUUCACGGCGUUUCUCAUCCUAACGCUUCCUCUGGCAGUCCUCGUCGCUGUUCUCCUCUUCCUCAUCUUCCACUACCGGGUAACAAAUAAUGUGGUCAGCCGCGCCUUGAUCCAGGAUCUGGCCCAAAGCGAUCAUGGCGUGUUGUACGUCAACAUCAAUCCAGCAUUCCUGAUGAAGAUCGCAUCACUGUCAAGUACAGUGGCUGGAUUCUUGACUACUUUCGCUGUCGGAUUAGCUGCGUAUCCUCUGGCUUCGGCGGUUCUCAAAAGCACGAGAGAUUGCCUGCCGGAUGCGCUGUUGUCGCCGCUCCAGUAUUACUUAACGCUAGACUUGGUGGAGAAUGCGGGUUAUAUGGCAGUAUGGCGGUGGCUCAAAUUUGCAUUCAGCAAGCGUUCCAAGGAGACGAGGCCUCCUCCACAGGUAAUGACCAUUGGGAGGAUUGCUUGCGCUUCUUUAAUCUUUGGAGCUCUGGUCUUCACGGGAGAUACUUGGCUACACCUUGAAACAAAGCCGACCGACUUCACGCAAGUGUCGCCUCUUCCAAGCGAAAUGGCAACCUACAGCAAGAUUCUCAAUUCCAACUGUACAAGCCAGGACAAUACCUUCAAUGAGCAAUGGGACAAGCCAUGCUCCUUGAACCCCAAUAUCAGAAACGGCUACUUCAUAGAUCCAAUCGCCACCCUGGAGGUCUUCAACAACGUCUCGGCCACAAGAAGUAUUAAUGUUUCCGCACGGGUGCCCCGACCCAUGCCUUUCUGGGAAUACCCAGUAACGGCCGGACUCAACAUCGUGACUUUUCGAGCCAACAUCACGUCCGGAUCGGGCUCAUAUUUCCACUGCAAAAAGUACACUGCGUGGUGGGGGCUUGUCAACGCAACCCCGAGAUUCUUCUCAAAGCAUUAUUUUACCGAUGCCACGGGUAGCCAGAACUUCACCGGUAUGGACGCCCCGCUGAACAACCUGUUCUACAUCAGCUUUGGUGGAUUCAUGGACCCAGCCUUGGGCAAUACACUUAGGCUGGUCCAGAAUAAUAACACUGGCGUCAUCGCCCAGGAGUUUAGUGGCGUCUUACUGUCUACCGUCUCUGGAGCACUUCAAUCCUCGCCUGUUCGCUACGUCCAGCAACGUACCAGCAGCAUCCUCACUCGGGUCCCGACUACACCCCUGUACUUCCUCGUAGCCUCAAUGGGGCUACUCAUCGGACUCGGCGUCUACCUGACCAUCAUGGAAUUAGUGGCCGCGCGGACGAAAGAAAUCGAGGAAGUUCGCGCGCGGUUAAGCCUGCAGCAGCUCGUCGCGGACCGGAUUGAGCCCGACGCCGCACGGACGCCGAUCAAGGAUCUCAAUGAGAUUUUUGAAGGGAGGGUAGCACCAACGGGACUCACAAAGAGGAUUGGUAUCGGUAAGAGGGAUCCAUCAGUUGGCGACUGGGAGUUUAAAAUCUGGGAUCCUUUGAGGUAA